AUGUUGGAGCAAACAGGAGCAAUUGGGAAUAUCGUGCCAGUGGCAGCACAAUAUGGGCACGGAAUGGUAAGUUAUUUGAAGAGUAAAUGUGAUUAUGUGAGAAAUCUCAGCAAAAAUUUUGACAAACUUAAAACGGAAGAAAAACGACUUUGUGAUAUAGAGAAAGAUGUAAUAAAUGAGAAAGAGAGAAACCCAACAAUGGAAAUGACAAGUCAAUGCUCCGGAUGGCUUACUGAAGUGCAAAAGAUGAAAGAUAAAAUUCAAGAUCUGAGGAAUAGAUAUGAUAAUACUAGCAGACGUUUAUGCGGAUUCUAUCCAUUUCGUUCUUUGUUAAAACUUGGCAAAGAUAUAGUUACAAUGACGGGUGAGAUAAUACUUCUACGAGAAGAAGAGAAGAAAUUUACUAAAAUGGAACCAAGGCCAUCCGUCUCAGUCAUAAAGAAGCAUCCAAUGAAGAUAAAUGAUAUGCCAUCUCUUGAUGAACACGUAGAAAGACUAAUAAUGUGUCUAAAAAAUGAUAAAUUGAAGACAAUUGGCGUAUUUGGACUACCAGGAAUGGGAAAAACAACGGUAAUGGAACACCUGAAUGACAGAGUUGGUGAGCUAUUUGAAAUUGUCUUCUAUGUUACUCUACCAGUACCAGAGAUGGAGAUCGUGGAAGGGAUACAAAAGAAAAUUGUAGAGCAGUUAAAUCUACAAGUGCAAGGUCACCUUAGCAGUUCUAUCAUGGCAGACAUAAUAUCCAUAGCACUAGCUAACAAGAAGCAUCUGUUACUUCUUGACCAAGUUUCCUCGAAAAUUAAUUUGAAAAAAGUUGGCAUUCACGUCGACAAACAUAUUCAUGGACGAGUGGUUUUUGCAUGUAGAGACAGAAGUUUUUGUGAGUUUACGGAUGAAGAAAUCGAAAUUAAGGGAUUAUCGGAGGUUGAUGCCAAAAAAUUGUUUCGAGAAAUAGUGGGAGAUAUAAUAGAUCAACGUAAGUGUAAGAUAAUUGGAAAGAAAUUACUCGACUUCUGCAGCGGGGUGCCACAUUUUAUUAAGUUAAUAGCAGUUAGGUUUAGAAAUGUGGAAGAUCAUGGUACAUGGAAAUCUUUAUUGAACAGAAUGCGGACACCAAGCAAGAAAAUAUUGGAAGAAAUGGAAGAGUUUUACAAAGCUGUUGAACUUAUAUAUGACAGUCUAUCUAAAGAUCGGCAGCCUUGCCUAUUGCAUUCGGCAAUUUUCCCUCCUGACUCUGAACUUUACCAGGAGUACCUGAUUGAGUGCUGGAUAGGAGAACGAUUGAUUGCUAAAAACGCUAAAAAGCUUAGACCUGCCCGAGACGAAGGACAUGAAAUAGUGACUGAAUUUGAAAGUAAAUAUUUGGUGGAAAGGUGCAGGAAAGCGGGGCACUUUAAGAUGCCCCAAUUUCUCCAACAAAUAUAUCUUAAGCUCGCAUACAACAGAGAAAAUAAUUCGAAAUUUUUGGUAGCCAAAGGUGAAAUAGAAGAACAGCAAUGGGAAGAUGUGAAAAGGGUCUCAUUGAUCCGCCAGAUGUCAUUUACUCUACCUGAUACGCCUGCUUGUAGCGAAAUCUCAACAUUGUUUCUCCAGAAAAAUCCAAGCUUGACUAAUAUUCCAGAUUUGUUCUUUAAAUACAUGCGUGAACUUUGUGUUUUGGAUUUGUAUGAUACGAGAAUCACAUCACUGCCACCAUCUAUUUCUAGUUUGAUAAACCUAAGGGUAUUAUACCUAAACAAUUGUGUUCAAUUGGUGGAGCUACCUUCCCAGUUUGGAAAACUGAAGAGUCUUGAAAUCCUUGAUCUCCGAGGCACUGGAAUUCUCAGCUUGCCUACAGUGCUUGCACAAAUGACUGGCUUGAAGUGCUUGAGAGUUUCAUUUAAGGAGCAGAAUUUUGGUUAUGCCAACCACAUCAAUGGCCAACGAACAGAGAUGAUUCCUUCUAGAGUAAUUGAAAACCUUUCUUCAUUACAAGAGUUGAGCAUCGACGUUGACUUCAAAAACCAAAUUUGGAACCAGAUUGUGGAUAGAGUUGCUACAGAAGUUGCUACCCUAAAGGAAUUGACAAGUCUCUGUUUCUACUUUCCAACACUAGUUUGCUUCCAAACUUUCAUUCAGAACUGCAUGUUAAGAAGGCGGGGAGGUAAUUGCCUUAAAUCAUUUAGAAUCCAAGUUGGAAAUCACAAGACAGAAAAUUUUCUUCAAUUUGAUUUUUUUGGAUACAAAGAUGAACGGCAUUUAAGAAUUUCUGGAGGAGAAGUGAUUUCUGUUGAACUUUCAAAGCUAUUCAAUCUAGUUACUACUUUGGAAUUAUUUGGCCAUGAUAGUGAGAACCUAUCAAUAUUUAGCGCUGAAGAGUUGAAUUUGGUGGAAGUUUGUACAAUUAAAGAAUGCAAUGAAAUGAAAAGCAUGGUACCAUAA